UACACGCUAGAACAUGGCAUUAUGUCAUUAGAUACGUCUGUAUUAAAGAUUCGCUUUUAGUAAAAAUAUCGAUAACACUAUCUAAUGCAAACCGAUACUUUCACAAGUGUUGUUUCACAAGAAAAUGACAACAAAAAAGGAACGCACAUUAAAAUAUUCCAUGGUAAAGGAGGAAGAGCAGGAUGAUGGAGGCUUGUUAUCGUUAGAAAAAUUAGACAGAGCAUCGCCAGAUUUGUGGCCAGAAAAAAUUCCAGGAAUAACCGACUUUAUUGCUAUGAGUGAUACACCAAUACGUACACCUGCACCUGAAUGGUCCCGUGGUCUGUCGCAAGAGGAUACUUCGGCGAUGUUGCAACUCAGCACAUUGUCUCCCAAUGCUUUGAUAAUGGAAAUUAAGAAAAUCUACGAUGAAGCCUAUCAACUGGGUGUUAGUGAAGCUAAGGAAAUGACUCGUGGAAAGUAUUUAGGAAUUUUCAAUAAUGCAAAAAAGAAAAAUUAAGAUGAGUACAAAAGCAAUAACUAAACUUUUUAUAAGUUAGUUUUUAGGAUUUUUUUAAAUUAAAAAUAAAUAAAUGCUGUUAAAAGCUAACUAACUUUAAAA